CCAACUUAUCAACCAAUCGAUCAAUCAAUCAAUCAAUCAAAAUGAUGGAAGAAUUAGAUGCAAUCACUUCAACUUCACUUCAUAAUCUAGAAGAUAAAUUAUCUAAUUUAGAUUUCAGUGAAAAGAUGUUAGACCUUUGUUUCAUCUUGGACACCACAGGAAGUAUGGGUAGUUAUAUAACAGCAGCAACUCAAAAUAUCGAAUUGAUUUGUGAUGAAAUCAUUAAUUCGGAAAGAUUAGCUUCACCUGAAUGUCUUAGGAUCGGUUUGAUUGCUUAUCGUGAUCAUCCUCCACAGGAUAGGUCAUAUAUUACUUUAAAGUUUGAUUUCACAUCUAAUCCUAAAAUCGUUCAAGAACAUCUCAAAUCUCUCUGGGCAUCUGGUGGUGGUGAUGGACCUGAAGCUGUUACUGCUGCAAUGCAUGAAGCUUUAACUUUAGAUUGGAGGCCACAGGCUAGUAGGAUGGCUGUUCUCAUCACUGAUGCUCCUCCUCAUGGAAUUGGUGAGUAUGGUGAUGGGUUUAGUAAGGGAGAUCCAUCAGGUCAUGACCCAUUAAAACUUGCUCGUACCAUGGCUCAGAAUGGAAUCAGUCUAUUUGUUGUAGCUUGCGAACCGGCUUUUUCUGGUUACAUGUAUUCUAAUGAUUUUUUCAGAGCAAUCACUAACAUCACCUCAGCCAUGAUGUUACCAUUAACGACGGCUAAUUUAUUACCACAUGUGAUUGUAGGAUCAGCCUUUGAACAAAUGGAUAUGGAAAGAUUAGUAAGAGAAGUGGGACAUGCAGUGGCUGAACGGGUGGUUGGAGGACAAGAGAGUGUAGAUGAAGUGGCUAGAGAGUUACAUGAGAAAUUGUUGUUGAGGAAUGAGAGUACUAAACAAUUAUUUGUGGAAGAUAUUUAUCGUGAUACACCUGAAGCAAGACAUAAUGUCGAAGUAUGGUUGAGUGCACCUGAUAUUCAGACGGCUAAACCAUUACUAAAGAAAAUUAUCGGAUCCAGAUUUACAGAAAAAUAUCUACAAUCACGUUACACAGCUGCCUUUUCAUCUACAAGUUCAUCAUCUACAAGAGUUUAUCCAAUCCCAUUACCAUCAAGAAAGAAAGCGACGAAUCCGAUGAAGAAUCAUUCGAUGCGUAGACCAUCAACGACGAGUACUUCAUCAGCUUCUAGACAAGUGAUUAGUGAUUUCAAAGUCUUUUCGUCUUCUACACCUAGAUCGUUUUCAGAUGGAAGUUCACCACCUAGGUUUGGCAAUCCUAGUGGUAGUGGGAGUGGUAGUCAGGGGAAAUCUAUCGAAAGCUUUGGUGGGUCUCCAUUGAGAGAUUCUAGGAGUUGGAAUCAGACUCAAGGGUCGGAUGAAGAUGAUGAAGCAGAAGAAGAAGAAGAAGAGAAUGAUGAAGAUCAUCGGAAUGUGAAUGUUGAACCGUCUACUUCGAAUUCGAAUUCAGAUCAAUCUCAACCGCAACAAGGCAUCGAUGUGAGACAAGGAUCGAUUUCGUUUGAUCAAGCUCGUAGGAUUACCACUUCGGCUGCUUGGAGAACGAUUAGAACAUGA